GCCGCCGCCGCGCGGGCCGCGGCCGGCAUGGCGGUGCGCUCGCCGCGCUCGCUCGGCGCCGCCUCCGCCGUUCGGGCCGCUGCCGGCACUGCGCCGUGCUCGCCGCGCCUGCUCAGCGCGGCGUUGUCGCCGCCACCGCCGUACGGGCCAACGCAGAGCGUGGUGCUGCGGAUCCGCGUGGAGGGGCUCGGGCGCGCGGGGCGCCUCGGCCUGCGCCUGGGCGAGCACCUCGUCUCGGCCGCUCAAAGGCUCCAUCUUUGAGCCGCCGAUCGUCGUGACGGGCGUGGACACGGCCGAGGCGAGGGCGCUCGGGUGGCGGGUGGGCGACGUGAUCCUGGAGGCAAACGGCCGGAAGGUGCGAAACAAAGAUGAGCUCCGCGGGGAGCUCACGGAAGCGUUGCCGUCGGUAUUGUUCUUGGUGGCACGCUUGGCCGGUGGCGUUCAUGCAGGACAUCCCUGCGCGCCGGCCUCGCGGGGCGCUGGCCCGGCGCGGAGGAGGCAGGCCGGCUGCGAGGCGGGCCCAAGAGGCGCAGUUGGCGGGCAGCUGGGCGCCCGCGGGGCCAGAGCCUCCGCGGCGAGCGGGGGAGGAUGCCCGCUGCUCCGUGCUGGCGGCGCAGCCACGGAGGUCCGAUCGGAGGUGCGGCACGGUGGCCCUGGCGAGAUCGAAGGCGAGGUUUUGUUGAGGAGUCCCACGCGCAUAGAUGCCGACGAGAGCCGUGUCUUGCACAAGGGAGCUGCAGGUCGGGGCGGCAUCGGUGAAGGUGCUGUCUGCGUCGGCGCGAGAGUCUCAGUGAGGAGUGGGCAUGGGCGCCCGCUGUCCUGCACCGUCGUCGAGAUCGAGGGGGACAGGGCGAAAGUGCAUUACGAUGGCUCGGGUGGGCUCGAAGGUGAAUGGUUACUGAAGAGUUCCCUGCGCAUCAAUCAGGAAGAGGCCGAGAUCCCACACGUGGAAGGUGCAACCAGGGACGGCGUGCAUGAGCAAGUUGCCCGCGUCGGUACACAAGCAUCCGUGACGCGUUUGGAAGAGCAGUGGCUGCCAUGCACCGUCGUCGGAGGUGAGAAUGACAGGGUGAUUGCACAUUGCGGUGGGUCCAGCGGGUUCGAACACGAAUUGGUGAGGAAGAGUUCCACGCGCAGCAAUCCCAAAGAGGCCGAUAUUCCACUCGCGGAAGUCUCAAGGCGGGACGACGUUGGUGAUCGAUUUUUUGAUUUUGUCGGUGCGGAAAUCUCAGUGACGAGUGGGCAAGGGUACCAACUGCCCUGCACCGUCGUCGAAGUCGAGGAGGACAGAGUGAAAGUGCAUUACGAUGGCUUUGGCGAGUUUCGGGACGAGUGGUUGCCGAAGAGUUCCACACGCAUCAACACGAACAAAGACGACACAUCACUAACGGAUGGUGGUUUUGGGGACGGUAUUGACGUGCAGGUCCAUUUCGCCUUCAUCGGCGCAAAGCUUUCAGUGAUGAGCGGGAAGGGGUACCCGCUGCCAGCAACCGUCGUCGGAGUCGAGGGGAACAAGGUGAAAGUCCACUACGACGGCUUCGGCGACUUCAGAGACGAGUGGAUCCCGGCGGUCUCUGAGCGCAUCAGCCCCCAGUGAGCCGAUGUGGCGCAGGUGAACGAUGACGCUCAACACCGGGCCUCCCCAUCAGCAU